ACAUCGAGCGCUACUCGGACAAGUACCAGGUGGGCAGCCCUGUUGACGGCGCCAUCGACUGGAGCCCAGACUGGAGGCGGCUGCCGCGGGAGCUGAGGAUCCGGGUGCGCCGGCUCCGGAUGGGCGGCCCCCCCGUGCUGCCGCCCCCCCGCAAGCAGCGCCCGCCGCUCGACAAGGAGGAGGCCAUUAAGAAGCUGGAGAGCCUGGAAAAGAAGGAGGAGGAGGUGACCUCGGAGGAGGAGGAGAAGGAGGAGGAGGAGGAAGGCAAAGAGGAGGAGGAGGAGGAGUACGACGAGGAGGAGCACGAGGAGGAGACCGACUACAUCAUGUCCUACUUCGACAACGGCGAGGACUUUGGCGCCGACAGCGACGACAACGCGGACGAGGCGGUUUAUUGAGCGGCGCCGGACGCCUGGGCCCCUCCGCCAUCCUCCUCCUCCUGGUGCCGCGCCAGGGACCGGCCGGGCUUCGCCUCCAGGUGGCACUUGUGCUCCAGGGACCCACGGACAGACGGACAGACAGACGGGGCGGGGGGGGCUGCCCCAGCGCUGGGUGUCCCCCCCUAAACCAGCACCGGGGACCUUGGUGUCCCCCCCUCAAGGUGGACACAACGGGUGGACAAAAGCGCCAGAGGAUUCAACCCCUUCCCCUUUUUUGCUGUGUUUUUAGGUCACUUUUGAUGUGAUUUUUAGCUUGGCGGCGGCGGGGAUGAGGGGCAGCUGCCCGGCUCCCCCCGCGAGGUGGCGCCUUUGCCGCAGCUUUUUAACCUUUUUGGCUCUUUUUUU